GUAAUAUAUAAUUUUUUGAAUAUUCUGCUUGUGAUUUUUUUUAACAGUGAGGUGUUGUGUGUAAAGCUAACCGUGAAGCCAGAUGAGGCGGCGGGCGUGACUGCGCAUCGCCACGAUGCAGCAAUGCUCGCUGUUCAUACUCACUUUACUAUGCGUCACGGUGAAAGAUAUAUCAGGUAGCUGGGAGGAAUGGUGGACGUACGAUGGAAUUUCAGGCCCGGGGUUCUGGGGGCUCAUCAACCCCCAGUGGAGCAUGUGCAACAAGGGCAGACGGCAGAGCCCCGUCAACAUCGAGCCGGACAAACUUCUGUUCGACCCCUGGUUGAGGGAUAUACAGUUUGACAAGCACAAGGUCAGCGGAGUCCUGCAGAAUACUGGGCAAUCUCUAGUGUUCAGGGUGGAGAAAGACUCGAAACACCAAGUGAACAUUAGUGGGGGGCCGCUGUCCUACAGAUAUCAGUUUGAGGAGAUCUACUUCCACUACGGCAUGGGGGACAACAGGGGCUCGGAACACCAAAUCGACCAUCACACCUUUCCUGGAGAAAUCCAAUUGUAUGGGUUCAAUAAGGAGCUUUACCACAACAUGUCCGAGGCACAACACAAAUCCCAAGGCGUCGUCGGCAUUUCCCUUAUGGUGCAAAUUGGAGAGCCUAAAGAGAAGAACAAGGAGUUAAGACUCGUCACAAAUGCUUUUAACAAAGUAAUGUUCCGAGGCAGUUCGUAUCCCAUCAAACAUCUGCCCCUGAGCUCUCUGCUGCCGGAUACACAACAAUAUCUUACGUACGAGGGGUCCACCACCCACCCUGGCUGCUGGGAGACGGCCGUGUGGAUCAUCUUCAACAAACCCCUAUAUAUAACUAAACAGGAGAUGUAUGCGCUCCGGCAGCUGAUGCAAGGCUCCCAGCUGACCCCGAAAGCCCCGCUGGGCAACAACGCGCGACCUGUGCAACCACUGCACCACAGAACGGUCCGGACCAACAUAAACUUCAACAAACAGGGAACACAGGUUUCAAGCAAUUGCCCCGACAUGUAUCGCAAUAUGCAUUACACAGCACGAUAUUCGCACAGGUCACGCUCAAAAAAAAGUAUUGCAUGCAAAAGAAAGAAUGUCCAGAAAAAGUGUCACAAGAAAUAGCAACACAAUGGCCACGUGAUCACAGCAUCAGGUACCGAAGCACAGAAGAUCUCUCGAUGCUAUCUCCGAACUAAGCAGGCGAUUGCUUAGAAUAUUUUUAUUUCAAGCUUAUAUCAUAAAAAGACUCAUCAAAAUCGGUUCACCCAUCUCGGAGAUGUACGCGAACAACAAAAAUAAAAAUAAAAUAUACUCCUCCUUUUUGAAGUCGAUUUAAAACACAGUCAUAAUUUUACUUCAGACGGCUAAACAUUUACACACGAAUUUUUCUUCAAAUACGUUUUCUAAGUAGAAUCGGAAUGUAUUCGUGGCAAAUAAAAAAAAGAAUACCUGCCUAUUCACAUAAAGUGAAAAUCCCCAUUGAUAUUUUUUAUUAUAAGCCCAAAAUCUAAUCUUAAUUUUAAUAAUGUUAGCUACAAUGUAUUUAGCACUUAGGAAUAUUAAAAGGACAUUGUUCAGAGUCCAUACAUAGUUAGCCUAAGAACCAACAAUCAUGAAAUAUUAUUUUCUAGGUUCGAAAUCGUAAGUGAAUGUAAAAACAAAGAUUAUUGACGGACACGUCUGAG